UUACACAGCUCUCCAGCAUUCUGGCGCUCAGCGUACCUUGCCGCUCUCAGCUAUAUUAGUGCUUUCUGUGCCUGCUUUCUGCGCUCAGCCUCCGCGUCGAGGUUAGCGUUGACUGGCGCUCAGCGCUUGACGCCUGCAGUCCAGCGCCGCCAGCUGCAGUUUGCUAGUAGUGCAGCGUGGCAGCGGGCAUUGAGUUUGGGAGCACCAUGGCGCUCUGCGCUGCUCCCACGCAGACGCAGGCACCACAGCAGGCGGCCGCAAGCGGCAGGCGCCUCCAGGUCAUGAUGAUGGGCGUGCUCUUCCAGUGCAUGGCCGUCACGGUGGCCCUGCUGGUCGCCUGCCUCACUUUCGUCAUCGAGGCUGUCAGCCUCCUCCAGCAGAGCUCCAGCCAGGAGCCUCUCGUGGAGGUUGCAGCACCUGAGGUUCUGGAGGAGGAGAGCGCGCUGCACGCAGCUGCCCUCUCAGUUGCGCAGAGCGAUGACGGCCCCGUCACCUGGCACGCCAAUGCCAUCGCAUCUGAGGUGACGUGGAGCCUGAAUCCUCUGGCGCUCGACAUGGACGCGGUGGCCUUCUUCGACCUGGGCUGCGGGGACCUCACUGAUCUGGAGACGAUGACAUCUUUCUCCGAGCGUCCCCCCUCCCCAAAGCCCAGGUCGAUGAGGCGGUCCAUGCUGACCAUCAGCAUCCCCGAGCGGUCCGAGAGCUCCCUGGUCCUCGACGAACAUAUUGCUUGCGAGGAGCUCCGGCCGCGCACCCCGGCUCCGCUGGUCCCGCUGACCCCCUCAGAGGUCAACGCGCGCGCGUCCCCCUCGCCUCGUCCCCUCCAGGCUAUCUUGCUUAAGGCGAGCGAGGGGCCGCGCAGCGACCAGACGGGCCGGGACGAUACCCCAAGGGACGCUGCUCCUCCGAGGCGUGCGAAGGCUUCGUCGCGUCCUGGGAGGAGCAGGUCAAAGCGGCCGGCGGGCUGGAGACCGGCACUGGUUAUCUUCACCCCCGCGCCGGUCGCUGGCCAGAGCAGGCCGUCCGCAGGAUUGAGGAACCGGAGAAGGCUGUCCGACGCUGCUGCCCACCCUCGAGCAUAUCAGAAGCAGCAGCUGUGGUCGGCCCUCUCCGCUGCGCGCGCCACUCCCGGAACCCCGUCCCCGAAGGCAUCCGAUACGGGGAGCGGCCGCGACAGCAGUAGGUUGCGCGCAGCACGGGUGCUCGCACGGCAGGCAGCGGCUGCCGAGCGGCACGUGUCUCUGCAGUGUAGGUAUAGAAGAGCCCAGGCCUCGUAGAUGAGAUUGAUAUUUUUCGGCAAAUUGCUAAAUUGCACCGCUUGUAUAUCAGGCCUAACGGCCACGAGUUGACAGAUUGACAGACAUACUCAGGAGGUAUAGGAUUGAGGCCUGGGCUCUUUAGAAAAGACACUAAAACAUUCUUUUAUUCUUUACAUUGCUAGCUGCGCG